AUGUCGCCGGAAGAAAGGCUCGAAUACGACCGAACCAUGGCGGACGAGAACGCAGCCAAGGUGGACGAGCUGCAGUCCACAAUUGAAUACGAGCGGAAGCAAGCGGGAAUUCUAUCUCCAACUCAGCGGCUGCUGCUGGGGGCUCUUGCACCAAUGGUUCCUCACGUGCCCACUGCCUAA